CCAACUUCCCCUGGUGGCCCUGCAGCUGCAGCCAGACAUGCUGCUGUUGUCGCUGCUGCUCUGGGGGAUGAAGGGGACAGAGGGUGGGAAGGACACCCUGGAGGGUUUCAGCCUAGAGGUGACAAGGGAGGUGACUGUGCAGGAGGGCUUGUGUGUCCUUGUGCCCUGUGAGUUCUCCUACAAAAAGGAGCACUGGACUGGCUCAGACCACGUUCAUGGGUAUUGGUUUCCGGAAGGGGCCAGAACAGACCGAGACCGUCCAGUGGCCACAAACAACCCACAGAAACCAGUACAGGGGGAGACCCAGGGCCGAUUCUUCCUGCUCGGGGACCCGAAGAAGAACAACUGCUCCCUGGACAUCAGAGAUGUCAGGAAGACGGACGCAGGAUUGUACUUCUUUCGACUGGAGAGAGGACAGACAAAGUAUAAUUAUAUUGGGAACAAGCUGACUGUGCGUGUGGCAGCUCUCACCAACACCCCCCACAUCCUCAUGCCAGAGACCCUGAAGGCUGGCCUUCCCAGCAACCUGACCUGUUCUGCACCCUGGGCCUGUGCAAGGGGGACACCCCCCACCUUCUCCUGGACUGGGACCUCUGUGUCACCCUUGACCCCCAAGACCAUUGACUCCUCCUCUGUGCUGACCCUCAUCCUGCAGCCCCAGGACCAUGGCACCAACCUGACUUGUCAGGGAAAUCAGGGCGGACGGCAGAUGUGGUCCUGGUGGCUGUCGGGGAGGCGGCUGUCAAGGUUCUGCUUCUCGGGCUCUGCCUCAUCAUCCUCAGCACCAACAAUCAUCACCCACUUCCUCCGCAGUCUGAGUAGUCCUGUGCCCUUGCCAUGGAUGGAGAGGGGCAAACACUGGGGGCCUUGCAUGGUCUGCAUCCUGCUGGACUCUCCUCCCAGAGUCCUCCAUUAGCUGCAUUACAUCCCUCCUCGGUACCUGAGACUCUGCUUGUGCAGUUUCCACUCCUGAACACCCUUCCCUGACCUCUCCUGCCUGUCCCUGUCUUGACCACCUCAGCCUCCAGCUGCACAUCACUUAGGUUGUGCACGUGUGUGUGAUGCCCUCAGGAUGAUGUGCUUGAGUGACAUCAUCCACUAUGUGUGGACCACACGAGUGAAUAAUCUGAACUCCAACAGGGCCUCUUUUCAUGGGCGCCAGGGAAGCCUCGGGACUCAGCACUCCAAGCUCUGUAUUCAAGGAGCCACUGGCACAAAGACAAAGGCAGAAGUAAAAGAGCAGUGAAUCAGGACAUGUCAGAUGGAGAUGUGUGUGGACAGGUGAUGCAGGAGAGGAGCUCACAUCUGGGUGAUGCCUGGAAUGCUCCAGGGGUGGAGGAGGUGGGCUCUGUGUCUGUAGGAAGAAAGUAUCCCAAGGACUGGGACAGGGAACAGUGUGUGCACAGUGAGUGGCUCAGAGGCAGAAGCUGGCCUAGAGUGUGGUAUCACAGAAAGGGACUGUGAUCCGAGCAGAGGGAACCAGAGGGAUCCCAGGUAAGACCCUGACCCACAGGGCGUGAUCAGACCCCAGAGCCUUUGAGGGGAGCAGAGCCUUGACUGGAGUUUCACUUUUUGAGAAACAAUUUAUUAUUUUUUAAUUUUAUUUUAUGUAUUUGAGUGCUAUGCCUGCAUAUAUGUAAGUGCACCUGUGUUAUGCAAUGCCCUUGGAGGUCUGAAGAGGGCAUCAGAUCCCCUGAAA